AUGACCUCCGCAGCUGUGGUGCCGGCAGGCACCUUUAUUCCCGGAACGAAAGUCCAAGUUGGAAACCACCGUGUCGUCAUAGAAAAAUACCUCUCGGAGGGCGGUUUCGCCCAUGUCUACGUCGUUCGCCUCCCACAACCUGUUGACGGCUCCGACACUGCGGUGCUGAAGCGCGUGGCCGUUCCAGAUAAGGCAGCUCUGGCGAAUAUGCGCACUGAGGUGGAAACCAUGAAGAAGCUGAAGGGACACCGACAUAUUGUGACAUAUAUUGAUUCGCACGCAUCGCAGCUUAAGGGUGGUGGAUAUGAGGUGUUUCUGCUUAUGGAAUUCUGCGCCGGUGGCGGGCUGAUUGAUUUCAUGAACACGAGACUGCAAAAUCGGUUGACGGAACCGGAGAUUUUGAAGAUAUUCACGGACGUAGCAGAGGGUGUUGCUUGUAUGCAUUACCUCAAACCUCCUUUACUGCAUAGAGAUUUGAAGGUGGAAAACGUUUUGAUCUCGCUAAAUGGAUCUUCGUACCGGUACAAGCUCUGUGAUUUUGGAUCUUCCGCGCCCCCUAGGCCGCCUGCGACUUCUGCUGCUGAGGGACGGUUGAUCGAAGACGAUGUUCAACGCCAUACUACCUUGCAGUAUCGGAGCCCGGAAAUGAUUGACGUAUACCGAAAACAGCCAAUAGACGAGAAAAGCGACAUAUGGGCACUAGGUGUGCUCCUAUACAAACUUUGCUAUUAUACUACUCCUUUCGAAGAGGUAGGGCAGAUGGCAAUUUUGAAUGCCAGUUUUAAAUAUCCCGCGUACCCACAUUUCUCCGAUCGAUUGAAGCUAUUGAUAGCGACAAUGUUGAAAGAAAACCCACAAGAUCGGCCAAAUGUAUACCAAGUAUUGCGUGAAGCAUGUCAUAUGGGAGGAAAAGAAGUUCCAAUUCGAGACAUUUAUGCUGGCCGUACACAGUCAGAAGCGCGACAAUAUCAGAAGUUGCCAAUUACCGCUGAAACACCAAAAAUUGGUGCUAUAUUCUCCCCGCCUAUACAAGAGACUCAGAUAAUACCGGAAAUUGCUCCUAUGAGAAGAGGUAGACCUGUGAAGCCUAUCUCAACUCAACACUCUGCCAAACCAAGCCCAUCACCUCUGCGAACCCCUGCACAGGACCCAUUUGCUGCCCUUGACGGAGGAACCAAGAAAACAAAUGCGGAUGAGCUUUCUUCUAGAUUUCCAACAUUAGAUCAAUUUUCUCUUAUUCACGAAAAAAGCGGCAAAUUUGAAUUUGAACCCACUGUGGCUGCUGAUACAAAUGCGCCAACGGAGGAUCUUUCCAAGAGAAUAACAAACGCUCUCGCAGAUGAUGCUUUUGUUAAACCCCCCACAGCUCCUCCUCAGAGGAGUCCAGCUCUGGGAGGACAGCCUACUAAAGUUUCACGAAAAUUUACAGAAGAAAACAUGACUCAGACAAAUAUUCGCUUAGAACCUCUACCGCCAAUCUAUCAGCCCAAGCCCCAAAAGCCAGUCAUGAUAUCUACCGGUACAAUGACAUCCCCAUCUCCGCCCCCUCCACCUGUAGAUAAUGUCACACUGCCGGCCAAGCCGUCUCAUAGGCUCUCGGAAACACCCCAAAUCAAGCGACAAUCUUGGGACCAUGGUCUUAACUUGCUGGGUAAGUCGCGGGAUAUUCUAGGACGACGGUCUUCCAGGAAUCUUUCAUCAGAUGACCUCCCCAAAUCACCUGCAUCUUCCAGGCCCUCUCUGGAAGGACCUCGCCCAUCAGCCACCGACUUGAACGAUCCUUUAGCCACUCGCUCAAAGUCCGCAAAUGCAAAGUCACGACCAUCCAGCGCAUAUUUUGGGUCACGAAUCGAAAAUUUAAGGGACCAGGAACCCUCACCUUCGCUAUAUGGGUCGAACUCGCGUCAAGAAUCCAAUGAUAGUGGCGAGCUACUUCGCCCAGUACGUUCAGAUACAGACCGCAAAAUCUCAUCCGAUGUCGAUUACUUAAGAGCCAAAGAAGAAGAAGAGCAAAGUCGCAAGCAAGAAAAGCGAUCCAGCACGGGAUCGAAACAUGUGAAACGCUCGAGUCUAUCCUCUCUAUCGCUAUCCGGCACAAAAACGCUAUUCGCCGGUAGAUUUGGUGAUGCUUUCCGUCGAUUCGAAAAUAAUGGCACUCACGACCCUAAAGGCCUUUCCCAGGAAGAGCGAUAUGCCGACCUUAGCCCAAUUACCGGGUCGGAAAUUGCCGAUAUGAGCGAUGACGGCCCCUCCGCUGAAGAAGACCAUUUGUCCCCGGAAACGCGACGUGAGCUCGAACGGCGCCGACUGUCACAAGAAGAAAAGAGAGUUGCCAAUGCUGCGGCAGAAUAUCGACAAAGGGUAAUUGAAAAGGGAGGGUUGGGUGGAUCGGCUGAAGGGCCGAAAUCGUCUGUGAUACAAAAUAAGGUCGAGUCCCUCCUCAAAGAAAAUGUUAAACCCUCGACAAAAACUGCUUCAGGGUAUGGUAAAUAUACUGAUGCAGAAGCUGCUUUGCAGGCGAAGCAGUUUGAAGGUCCUGUCGAGAGGGCAACGCCGAAUGUGAUUCGAAGACCCCCAACUUCAAAUCAAGAGUUCGUUCCACGGCCGUCGUCAAAAGAUAUCCAGAGCUCUAGCGGAUUCAAACAUGCGCCUGAACCUCCACAUGUCCAAUUACCAAUACGCCCUGGCCCUCGACCCGUUGCACCUCCAAAGCCAAAAAGUUUGCGCAGCACCGGUGAAUCACCAACAGACGCUGUUUCUGAGGGGCGUUUCCCAAUCGACCGCAAGCCCUCUAAUACCAAAGAAGACUGGGAAAUCAGCUUCAGCCGCCGAUAUCCAAGUCUUUCUGGACUCGAAUUGGUAGAAACGGAAAUAGACUUGCCUACACCUACGACCGCGAGCCACAAAGUACAGCUGAUGCGUACAAAGGAAGUAUAG